CAGAGAAGAAGGAAGUAAAAAACGCUUCAUUGGUUUGUAGUCGAAAUAAGGCAGGAGAGCAUGACAGGGACGUUCUUGAUUCUAUUCUCCGGAUUUAUAAAUCUUGCAGGUGGAGGUUACUCUGCGUUGGUUUCCGGUACCAAAGCUAAUGAAGGUAGUGUGCUCUUCUACAAUGGGACGUCCUGGUACGGUAUGUGUAAGGACGGCUGGGACGACCAGGACGCGGCGGUGUUGUGUCGGAUGCUGGGAUACACAGGCACUGGCGCUUCAGCUAUCACAUAUUCAACUGCAAGUACCAGCUUGACCAUAUGGCCACGGAAGUUUGAUUGCGUUGGAAAUGAAACGUCCCUACAGGAUUGCCCCACUAGUGAUAAUGACGCCCUUCUAUGUGAGGCUAACGUCACAAUGAAAGCUUCCUGUUCAGAGGCUCCUGUACCGAACAACUUUUUCAUCUUAUCCUUUGGGACAGCUAUAGCAAGAAUGGAUCUUACAUCAACUAGUCUGACGUUGGUCCAGUCCGGGACAGUGCAACGUGCAAUAGCCGUCACAUAUGAUGGCACAAACAAUAGUGUUAUCUGGACGGACGUUAGUUUGAAUCAGAUCGCGAGAUGUGAACUCAAUGGAGGGGACAUUACCGUGAUUUAUCAGGCUGGAAACGAGAGUGUGAUGGACGGUAUUGCCAUUGACGAAGAUGCCCGCUUGAUAUUUUACACUGACACUGGCUAUGACCAAAUCGGAGUAAUCAACGCAGACACAUUCACCAGAACAGUACUUAUCAACACAAAUCUUGAUGAACCGAGGGCAAUUGUGUUGGAUAAAAAUACUAGAGAGAUUUAUUGGACGGAAUGGGGUACCGACGCUGUCCUAGAGAAAGCUAACUAUGACGGGUCUAAUCGACAAGUCAUUGUUAAUACUGCCCUAUUAUGGCCAAAUUCUCUGAACUUAGAUGGAGACGUUCUCUUUUGGUGUGACGCAGGUUAUGAUUUAUAUGAAAAAGUAUUCACAAAUGGUACAGGAAGGACUACGUUAGUAACAAUCAUAGGAGGCCAUUGCUUUGAUUUCACAACAUUCGAGAAGAAUAUUUAUGUCAACGAUUGGGGGCAUUCGCAAUUAAUCCGUAUACAUAAUGAAGAUGGGGAGGUAUCCUCGUUCGGUCCAACACUUGCUCAACGAUUUGGUAUUUUCCACCACUUGAAAGCAGAAACUGUUGAUUCUAAUGACAUGUCUACGUCAGCAUUAACCACUGGUGUUUUGGUAGGAAUAGUUCUGUCAGCAAUCAUUGGCACAGCCCUUAUUGUCAAUCUGACCACUACCUUGUAA